CUGAACAUGGCGUCAGACGGGAUGAUUUUAACGAACCACGACCACCAAAUCCGGGUCGGAGUCUUGACAGUGAGUGACAGCUGUUUUCGAAACCUCGCAGAGGACCGCAGUGGCGUCAACCUCAAAGAUCUCGUCCAUGAUCCCUCCCUGUUGGGGGGGAUGAUCUCGGCCUACAAGAUAGUGCCAGAUGAGAUAGACGAAAUUAAGGAGACUCUGGUGGACUGGUGCGAUGAAAAGGAACUUAACCUCAUCCUUACCACCGGAGGCACAGGCUUUGCACCGAGAGACGUCACACCAGAGGCCACUAAGGAGGUGAUAGAGCGCGAGGCUCCGGGGAUGUCUCUUGCCAUGCUGAUGGGGUCUCUCAACGUCACACCGCUAGGCAUGCUCUCCAGACCUGUGUGUGGUAUCAGAGGGAAGACGCUCAUCAUUAACUUACCAGGAAGCAAGAAAGGCUCCCAGGAAUGCUUCCAGUUCAUCCUGCCAGCGCUGCCGCACGCCAUCGACCUCCUGCGGGAUGCAGUGGUGAAGGUAAAGGAGGCGGUGGAUGAGCUGGAAGACCUGCCGUCGCCACCACCGCCUCUUUCGCCGCCGCCCAACAGUUCGCCACGUCGCCAGACAGAGGACAAGGGCGUGCAGUGUGAGGAAGAGGAUGAGGAGAAGAAGGAUAGUGGCGUGGCGUCCACCGAGGACAGCUCGUCCUCACACAUCACUGCUGCAUCCAUCGCCGCCAAGAAGAGUCUGCUGUUUCUGUGGAUGAAUGUCACUGUCCUGGACCCUGCUUCAUGGCUCUGUUGUCACGGUAACAUCCCACCUCAUUGUCCAGUCACAGACGGAUGUUUGAUCCCAGACUCCAUCAUCUCACGGGGUGUGCAGGUGUUGCCCAGGGAUACAGCCUCUCUCAGCACCACGCCCUCGGAGUCACCCCGCGCCCAGGCCACCUCCCGCCUCUCUACCGCUUCCUGUCCCACACCCAAAGCGCGGCUCCCCUCCUGUUCAUCUACCCUAAGCAUUGCUGAGGCCUCACGGAGAGAAUUCAGGGCUCACCUGGAUGAGGUCAUCACGCUCAAGUCAAGGUACUCUACCUUGGACCAGCUCCAGUGUAGGUUGGAGGGGCUUAAAGAUGAUCGCAGGAGGACCUUCAGCUCUCGAGUGCAGUCACGAUGCAGCAGCAAAGAAAAUAUCCUAAGAUCAAGUCACAGUGCGGUGGACAUCACCAAGGUGGCCCGAAGGCACCGCAUGUCCCCUUUCCCCCUCACCUCCAUGGACAAGGCCUUCAUCACUGUGCUGGAGAUGACCGCCGUCCUGGGCACCGAGAUCAUCAACUACAGAGAUGGGAUGGGUCGAGUCCUGGCUCAGGACGUUUAUGCCAAAGACAACCUGCCUCCAUUCCCUGCUUCUGUUAAGGAUGGUUAUGCUGUGAGAGCGGCUGACGGCCCAGGCGACCGCUUCAUCAUCGGAGAAUCCCAAGCUGGAGAGCAGCCCACCCACACAGUGAUGCCUGGCCAGGUGAUGAGGGUGACGACGGGUGCUCCCAUUCCAUGCGGGGCUGAUGCUGUAGUCCAAGUGGAAGACACAGAGCUGCUCCGAGAGUCUGAAGACGGCACAGAGGAGCUGGAGGUACGAAUCCUCGUACAGGCUCGUCCUGGGCAGGACAUCAGGCCCAUCGGUCAUGACAUUAAGCGUGGGGAGUGUGUGCUUGCAAAGGGCACCCACAUGGGCCCAUCUGAGAUCGGUCUGCUGGCCACUGUGGGAGUCACGGAGGUAGAGGUCCAGAAAUUCCCUGUGGUAGCCGUCAUGUCAACAGGGAAUGAGCUGCUGAACCCAGAAGACGACCUCCAUCCUGGGAAGAUCAGGGACAGCAAUCGCUCCACUUUGCUGGCUACUAUCCAGGAACACGGCUACCCCACCAUCAACCUGGACAUCGUGGGAGACAACCCCGAUGACCUUCUCAAUGCUCUGAAUGAAGGCAUCAGCCGUGCUGAUGUCAUCAUCACCUCAGGAGGAGUGUCCAUGGGAGAGAAGGACUACCUAAAGCAGGUGCUGGAUAUUGAUCUUCAUGCUCAGAUCCAUUUUGGUCGUGUUUUCAUGAAACCAGGUCUCCCAACAACAUUUGCCACCUUGGACAUGGAUGGUGCUCGCAAACUAAUCUUUGCCCUCCCAGGAAACCCCGUGUCCGCUGUUGUCACCUGUAAUCUUUUUGUCAUCCCUGCCUUGAGGAAGAUGCAGGGCAUUUUGGACCCUAGACCUACCAUCAUUAAAGCGAGGUUGUCUUGUGAUGUGAAGUUAGACCCUCGCCCUGAAUACCACCGCUGCAUUCUGACAUGGCAUCACCAGGAGCCUCUGCCGUGGGCACAGAGCACAGGGAACCAGGUGAGCAGCAGGCUGAUGAGCAUGCGCAGUGCUAACGGGCUCCUGAUGCUACCUCCCAAAACAGAGCAAUACGUGGAGCUGCACAAGGGCGAGGUGGUCGACGUCAUGGUCAUCGGCCGGCUAUGAUGUCAUCACGGAGGGACGGAGCGUCGGCGUCAUAUAGCGAGGGUUGGAAUGGAUGGUUCACGGUGCAUGUCCACAUAUCAUUGACUAUUCUGUAAUAUGCAACGGCACAGCUAGUUUUUAUUGAUUUGGAUAACGUUGAGGUAUAGUCAACAUCUUGAUCACAACCUAGAUACAUAUGAAAAAAUUAAUUUAAAAAGAUUAUAGUAUUUCAAACAAAGAAAAUAUAACUUUUAAUGAAAAAAUCUAAUUAUAAAAAGAGAUUUAUU